AUGUCGUCACAACGAAACCACAUAGGAUUCGAAGGCACGAUGAGAUCAAAAACCUCAUCGUGGAAAGAACUUAAAAAGAAAGGCCCAGAGGUGGCAAUAACGGUUGAAACCGACGGUGGCGGCAACCGGAGGCGGAAUCUCAAACCUGACCUGGUAAUACAAAGCCGGGGAAGGGUCUUCGUGGUCGAUGUUACAGUCCGCCACGAAGACGGGAAUAAUCUCGCUCAAGGGUUUACAAAGCAAAGUAGAAAAAUAUAG